AUGGAAGUGGACAGCGACGACAACUGGCCCGAAUCGUUCUACGAGAGCAUUUCGAAGAGCAUCCGGGACCUCCAAGAUCCGCCGGCUCCGCCCAAAAUGUACAUGGCGACGAGCCUCGUGGAAGUCCUCAGCGACCUCUCGAUUUAUCCCAAGCUGCCCGCCAUCAAAUAUCCUCCCAUGCCGAUGCCAGAAAUGGCCUCGAACUUUGUCGAGCUCAUGUCGAAUCUGCUGUCCCGAGCGGCGGCCGUCUCGAAUCCCGAGUCGAUCUACCUGACCUUCUCCGGGAUUUCCUACCCGACUCCGCCCAGACUGGCCGUCCCCGAGAUGGCUUCGAACUUUGUCGAAACUCUGACGGAGCUCUGCGCUUCCGCCUACGGAACCUUCGAUUUUCAUGACGCCAACCCUGAAAAUGAACCCUUUCCGGAGGUUUCCCCUUCCGACGAAGCGGAUUAUUGCGACUGCACUGUCUUUGACCAGCUCGUCGCCACGUUUUUCGGGUUCGUUAUCUUUUUUUUUUUCCUUGUUAGACAUUUUUCUUGUCUCGAAAAUCGUUUUGAAGGUCAUUUUUUUAUGACUUUUCAUUUAUUUUGAGAUUAUAUCUCGGUUUUAUUUUCAUCUGCCGUGAAUUUUUAUCGAAAGUUUCAAUCGAAAACGUUCCUUCAUGGUUUUCUUUUUUCUAGAUUUUUGGUUGGUUCUGUUUCAUUUUGAGAAAACCUAUGGAGUCACGAUAUCUUUUCUCAGGGAUCUCUGCAGUAUUUAA